GCUAGCCGCUAACAGGGCUCGCAAAGCUGCGAGCGCACUGCGCCAAAACACCUUCAAAUUCCUCCAAGUUCCCCGAAGUGAAGCGCAUUCUGCACGGGGGCGUUUAUGCAGUGAAAAUCCAAGAGGCCACAAAUUACCAAAGAUGUGGAAAAGUCUGACGCGGGGAGAAGAAGAAUAGAAGUAACGCCGCGCAGGUGAGCUCCUAUCCAGGCACAUUGGUCCAUGUUUGUCGGACCUUUGGGCUCUGGUCUCAACUAGGAUGAAGAUGGCUGAUUCAGAAAAGGCAGAGGAAUUUGUGGAUGCCGAGUGCCCCUCGGAGUGCCUUGAUGAAGCACAAUCAGCCACGGCUUCUGUUCAGGACGACCAGGACGAACAUCUGAAAACGGAGACCACCACCAGUACAAGCUCACCACCAGGGGAAAAAGAGGGAGACAGCCCCUUGAAUACAGAGGGGGAGCAGAGCCUCCUCUCCAUGCCAUGCCUGAUGAAAGAGCUCCGCAGAGACUCCCCAGAGUCCCAGAACGCCUCUACAGAAAGCGACAAGCCCGCUUCCCAUCAUAUCUAUGAGAGUGACUCCUCAAACCCCUGCAUGCUCUCCCCCUCAUCCAGCGGCCACCUUGCUGACUCGGAUACACUCUCCUCGGGGGAAGAAGGGGCUGCUGCUCCUGCAGGCGAAGAUGAAGAGGGCAACAUGGAAGCUGUAAAUGAUUCUGGGCAGCCAGGAAGAAAGCAAGCAUCUGCCACGACGGCGGGGGGGAGGAAGUCUCGGCGGUCGCGUUCCGAGAGCGAGAUGCCUCCCAAUGCCAUGGCCGCAAAGAAGAAUCGUUGCCAGUCCAAUGUGGUAGCAGCAGGAGGACAUGAAAAACAAACCAACGGGAAGCUGGGGAAAGUGAAAGGUCAUCGGAGCCAGAAACACAAAGAGCGCAUGCGUUUGCUGAGGCAAAAACGAGAGGCGGCAGCACGGAAGAAGUAUAACCUGCUGCAGGACAGCAGUACGAGUGACAGCGAGCUCACGUGCGACUCCAGCACCAGCACCUCUGACGAUGAGGAUGAUGACACUUCAGGAGGUAGCAAGACAAUCAAGACAGAUAUUCCAGACGGGCCUCCAGUAGUGGGUCACUAUGAUAUUUCAGACACUGAUUCUAACCAGGAGAGUAUGAGUGUGGAGACAGACCGGCCUACGGUGAUAAAGCAUGAGCUAAAAACACACAGAGGCCAGGAUAUGGCAGCUUACUCUGGGUGUGUAAGAGCUCUGAGCUCAAUCUCAGGCCACGUGGAGGCAGAGCUGUCGCACAAGAGUUCUCAACGCAAGAGCCAGAUUAACAUUGCUUCCUCUGACAGCGAGGUGGAAAUAGUCGGCGUACAAGAGAAACCAAGAUGCGCCCACCCGUGUGGAGGUGUGAUUAAGAGUCUGUCCUCCUGGAAGGAGAAUUCAGUGGAGCAGUUAAACAGCACAAAUCAACCCCAGCUCUGGACUACUGUUUCCCCUCAGCCUAACUGGGUGUCCCCUCCUGAAGUGGUGGACCUCACGCUCGACGAGGACACCGGACACAAAUACCUUCUUUAGACGACUUGUACACUGAAGACUCCUUGUUUCUUCCUCUCACUCCCGAUCCUCACCCGUCUCACCUCGCCUCCAUGUUACGGCUGAAAUCCUUCCUAGCGUUGCAGCCUCGCCUGUAACCGCUUGUGAACUCUAUCAGCUCCAGGGCACUGUUUGUUUGUUUUUUAACUUACUGUUGAACAAUCAUAUGUAUCAAAGCCAUUCUGCUGACGUAAUUCCCCGGCCUGGCUUGUCAUCUAUGAAAUUAGUUCUAAUAAAAUGGCACAGCUUUUUCAGUGCAGGUGGAAACACACGUUAAGAGUGAUAUAUUUGUUAAUGAUAGCAAUAUCCUCCCUUCAUUUGAUACCUCAGUUACCCCUUCAUAACAUAUGUAGGUAGUCAUUUUGUGUUGUGUGCUUGCAGGCUGUACAGAGAAAACUUCAACUUGCUGCUUGAAAGCGGGUCAGUAUCACGAUUCUGCAUUUUUAUCUGCAGUCACCUGCGGUCAAGACAAAAUGGCAGCUUGUACACUUUCUGUUGUACAUUUUUGUUUUCAGAAGUCUCACCACUGGUUUCAUAUUUAGAUCUGCAUUGAUGUCUUUGCUUUAUUAUACAGUGCCCAGCAUCACACAGCCUGUACUCUGAUCUGUCCAGUAGUGUUAAGUUUUGCUUUGUGUUGAAGUGGUUGGACAUUUUGGGAAAUUAUGAUUUCCAUUCAUUUUCUUGCCAAGAAUUUAAAUGAGUAAAAUAAAUAUCUUUUUGAGAAAUAUACAGCCACUAGCUGGUUAGCUUAGCUUAAGACUGGAAACACAGGGAACAGCUCGGCUGUGUCCGAAGGUAGCAACCAUCACAGGUUCACUGGUCUAUGCUAAGCUAAGAUAACUCGCUGCUAGCUGUAGCUUCGUUUUUAAUAGACAGGGCCGUUAUGAAGAUUUUCUCAUCUAGUGUGAACCCUCCACCAAAAAGCUAAUAAUUAGAUUACUCAAUGUUUCUUGCUUUAAAUUCACAGUUUUCAUUUGCGUUACUGUGAGAGUUCACUUUUCCUUCUUCGUGAUAACAAAUCAAACCACUGGUCACACUAUGGGGAAACACAACACAAGCACAUUUGUCACAGACACACUACAAGGUAGGACUCAUUUCCACAGCAGCAGCACAAUAUGUGGCGAUGGUGUGUGUUUGUCAAUAGAACGUGUGUAUGUUUUGGUCCGAGAUAGAUUUUUAUGUUGGACGCCACGUCUCUGCUGCAGAGCGACGUUUAGCUCUCAGUGAUUGUAUGUUUCUGCAGGGCUGACUGGAUGCACUUCACUGUUUGCAUGCCCACUCUGAGUGAAUGCAAACACCUUUAAACCUCUGGGGACCCCUUUAUAACAACUGAGGAAAAUGUAUCUUCCAUGGAAUACUGCAAAGCAAGAUGGCCUGAAUGCCUUGAAAUGUGCACUAUUUUCUUUCUAGAAUGGUAUAAAGCUUAUUCUUUUACCUAAUAUAAAGCAGUGGAUUUUUUUGCUAUCUCAACAAUAAAUAUUUUAAUAAUAGAUGUGAAUAUAGCACACGUAUAAAAAAAAAAACAGUAGAGGUGGUGUUGAGUUUGUGCCCACGUGUGUCGAGCGUUUAUAGAAGAGACAUUUUAGUGUAUGAACUGUUCUUACCCUGAUGCUCAGGGCCUGCUUGCUCUCUUUUCCCUGUGGUCUUAUUUUUGUCUUCAUGCAGUACUGCCGCCAUACUGGUAAAUUAGGAAUUUUUUUUGAUCAAAAGUCCAACUUCAUACACUGUUUUAACACUUGAGAUUUGUUUUAUUGCACAUCUACAUUCUUAUAAGUGAUGCUUGAGAACUAUAGUCAUUAUUUUAACGUUCGCUGGUCACAGAAAAGGGACAAUCCUCAUUUUAAGGAACUAAACCAAAGUCUAAAUGGAAUAUGUUUUCACUUUGUCAGUUUGCCAAUUUGAAAAUUGCCUCUAGUUUAUUCAGGUUAAAUUUAGAGUUUUAUUUUAACUUUGAAGUCGGUGCAAUUUGUUCAAAAUACAGUUUGAUAUUUUGUUCCAUAGGCCAGUUGCUUUGUUUUUCCACUAUAUGAGGCUACUACUGUAGUGUUGAUUAUUUUACAGACCACUUCUGCUUGCAAAACCCAUGUUGCUCUUGUUCCUUAUAGGAUUAAUAUGAGAUGUUAGUGAGACGUUGCUCAUGUCUUUAGAGGUUUGGUAUAGAAAAUAAAGGGCAGUGAUGCUCAACUGUGGUUGCAAAUUGCAUGUUUGGUCACAUAUUUUAACCUCAAGUCUGAUAUUUCCCUCAUUACCAGUAAUUUAGCCUCGCUCUUCUGUUGAUUUUUGUUUUGUUUUACGCUCAGUAUUUUAAAUUAACAAAAAAGGGUUGUUUAUUUUGUUGCUUCAGCAGGUCCUUGGCUUCCUUGAAAAUAUGUCUGUAGAACAAAAAGAAACUAUUUUAAAACUAAAUAAAUAGAGCAUUAUUUAAUGA